AUGUGGAACAGACACCCGUGCAAAUCCUGCUGCUGGCUGAUCCCGCUGGUGCUGUGGGCCCCGGUGUGGAGCCAGGCCUGCCAGGAGGAGGGUCUGCCUCGGGCCGUGGUGCUGGACUGGUUCAAGCAGCGCGUGCUGGAGGGUCUGGGGCUGGAGGGGCCCCCGGUGCCCCACGAGGAGCCGCUGGCAGGGACCCGCGCCGAGGCACCCCCCGAGCACCCCGCCUCCGCCCGCGUGGGGAGGGCAGCCUGGGAGGAGAGGAGGGGGCCGCAGCAGGACGCCUCCCGGGUCAUCCUCUUCCCCAGCUCCGAGUCCACCUGCGCCCACAGCUCAGAGGGAGCCCCCAGCUUCACCUACUACUUCCAGCCCUCCGCCCACAGUCACGACAGCGCCUUCACCUCCGGCCACUUCUGGUUCUACUCUGGAGAGGGAGCGCAGACAGGGAACGCCUCCGCCCCCCUCUACAUCCUCACCGCCCACCAGCAGCUCCUGCAGGUGGCCAAGGAGCCCGAGAAACGGGCUGAGGAUGGGUGGAGCACCUACGCCGUGGAGCACCGCAUCCUCUCCUCCAUGGCCGAGGGGCCCUUCAUGCUGCAGGUGCGGUGUCCCACCUGCGCCUGCCACGCCGACGCGGAUAAGACCCCGUUCCUGCACCUGCACGCCCGCUCCCGGGGCGCCGACCGCGCCCGCAGGUCCUCCUUCGCCUGGUCUCCCUCCGCCCUCGACCUGCUCCAGCGGCCCCCGCAGGAGAAGCCUGACUACAACGACUGCCACCGCGAGGAGCUCAACAUCUCCUUCCAGGAGCUGGGCUGGGACAACUGGAUCGUGCACCCCAAAGUCUUCACCUUCCGCUACUGCCAUGGGAACUGCUCGAGCUGGGACCGCAUGACCACCAUCCUGGGGAUCAAGCAGUGCUGCACUCCCGUGCCCGGGACCAUGAAGUCCCUGCGCUUCCGCACCACCUCCGACGGGGGCUACUCCUUCAAGUACGAAACCCUGCCCAACAUCAUCGCCGAGGACUGCACCUGCAUUUAG